AGGCACAUAUAAAAAUGCUAGGUAUUCAAGUAACUGGAGAUCUUUUUAUCAGCAUAAAAGGUCUAUAUUUCUAUUUAGAGGGAAACAUCUGGGAUAUUUUCUUAGCUCAAAUAGAUGUUGAAGCGGCAAUUGGGAAAGAAUGGGAUGAACUGACAUUUCAUCUUCGUGGACGAUUUGUUGCAAAAGCAAGGAAACGCCGUGAUUACAUCACGGAAACAUCAUUGGUACAACUCCGCUAUCAGUAUUAUCAUAGAUAUCGUCGACAGGUACAAACAGACAGGUCUUCUUUUCAAAGCAGUUACUUAGAUGCAUUGAAGAAAGUUAUCCGGAUGAUAUCGGAUGAAGCUCAAAAACGAUUGACUCAAGUGCAGAACGCGCUCAUAUCAGCACAAAAAGACUUGACUAAAGCACAAGAUUGGUUAGACAAAACACAAAAAGACGUCGGCGCUGCAAAUGUUGUAUUUGACAAUGCUGUAGAAAAACUUGAACAAACAAAGCAAAAACUUGAAAAUGCAAAGGGGCCUCUGCAUGAGGCAAUACAGAAAUUGGAAAAAGAACAGCGAGAUAUCAAUAAUUUGUGUACAAUAAGGUCAUGCACAAAAAUUUGCAUACCUGGAAUUAAAUGUAGAAUUUGCUACAAGAAAGUAUGGUUUGCAAAGAUACCUUAUCCAUGCUGCAAAUUCACAAGUUGUAUGAUAAGUUUUCCAGAUCCAAUUUGCGUCCUGGCAAAUAUAGCUUGCCGGAUAAUUCGAGCUGCAGCUUAUAUUGUACUAGAAUUGGCAAAAGUAUUUGUAAGGGUUGCGAUGCUUGCAUAUGAUGUUGCUAUAGCAGCUGUUUCAGUUGCUCAGUUCGUAGUAGAUAAAUCUCGUGUUGUUUUGGUUGUGGCAGAAGGAAUUUUAGAAUUAGCAAAAAUUGGCCUGGAUGUAGCAAAAGGCGUUUUAGAGGCAGCAAAAAUUGCUUUAGAAGCAGUCAAAAUUGUCAUCGGCGCUGCUGCUGAAGUUCUUCAAUUCGUCAUAGAAUAUGGUUUGAAAACUAUUAUAGAUGUUAAAAACUGUGGAUUUGAUAUAAAAAUGUCAGCAAAAGAUCUUCCUGUAUUUGAAGUUUCAUGUGAAGUAAAUGCAUUUAAGCUCGGCUGGUCCGAAAUUAAGUUAAAAAUAAAUUUCAAAAACAUAUUGCAAAGUAUUUGGCAGGCAGCACGGGCAACAAUUAAAGCUAUAAUUGAUACUUUUGGCGAAAUAUUUCCUGAUCGUAAACGUAGAGAUAUAGAGUUUGAUGCCUCAUCAAGAAUGCAUGUCUUGCUUCGCAAAAUUCGGGAAUCGGAUGAUGUUAACAAUACCUUAAAUAACUUUGAUGGAACGAUGGAUUUGAGUAAAAAUAUUAGUGGCUUUCGUGGAUCAGAAGAUAGUAAUUCUGGGAGUAGAGUAGAAUUAUAUAGGGAAAAAUGUUUAACAAUUACAUUGAUACAGAGCUUUAUGCAGGACUCUUUCAAUUCUUUGCAUGAAGUUGUAAAUGAUUCGAAAGCUUACAUCGGAGAAAUUGACAAUGUAAAGAGGCAGCUACAAGAGUUCAGCAGUGUAAAAGUACCUUCUGACAAUAUGACAAGUGACAGCGUCGGGAUAAGUAGCGAAUUUGCUACUGCUGAUUAUAACAUGACAGCUAAUGACAUUGACAAAGCAAUCAAUGAUACAAAAACGGCAGCUGCUGAAGAUCCACUACUUAUUGAAAUUCAGUCGGCGGUAAGUGUUUCAAGUAAAAGCGUGGAUGAUGAAAUGAAAUCUGUUGAGACAAUUGAUUAUCAAAAUGCCUGGUUUACGUCGAUGAAAAAUAUGACAAGGGAUUAUUUCAAUGAAUCCGAAUGCGAAGACUUCCAGGACUGUAUAUUUUACGCUAUUUCCAACUUGUACGUUCUUUAUGAAUCAGAAACUAUUCCAAACAUAUCGAACAUCCAACAGUCAAUUCUUGUUCUUGAAAGUAUACUGAUUGAAACAUUUCAGAACGAAUCCUCUUCUAUAAUUGAUACAGCGUCCGCAUUUGAGUAUGUUCUCUUUAACAUUAACAGACUUGUCAGUAUGAAUUUAUUUUGUUCAGAGGCUCCCACGUUUGUAAAACAGCUCAACAACCAGACUGUCUUAUACGGGAGCGAUGUUACAUUAUUCUGCAUUGCUAUAGGCGAUCCGGAACCUGAUUUUAUUUGGCUGAAAAAUGAAACGAUUAUCCCAGGAGAAAGUUCCAAUAUUCUGACCGUUUUAAACGUUACAGAAAUUGAUACCUACGACAAGUACAAUUGUAUUGCUGGGAAUAUAGUGACUAAUAUCACCUCUUCUGAUGCUUAUAUAAAUAUUGUUCUACAAGAUGUAAAUGAAUGUAAACAUGGUGGACAUAACUGUACACACUUGUGUAAUAACACGAUAGGGUCAUACAUUUGCUCCUGCUUUGAAGGAUAUUCUCUUGAU